AUGACAGAGGCAAGAGAUUUCACUCUUUCCCUCGUCCUAAACUGCGUCGUCAAUUCCUUCCUGUCUUAUGCAACAGUGAUGUUGAACAUCGUCUUAAUAUUCGCGCUGAGAAGGACUUCAUCACUGCCAAAGACUCUAAAAGCAUUGAUCCUUAGCGUGGCUAUUUCUGAUCUUGGUGUGGGAUUACUUGCCCAGCCUUUGUACAUCGCUCGCAUGAUUAUGGACAUGAAAAACACUAACGACCAAGAAACUUAUAAAAAAAUAGUAAGAGUCAUAGGACGCACCCUUGCUUAUGCCUCAUUCUUCAGUGUCACAGCUAUUAGCGUUGACAGAUUCCUUGCUAUCCACCUUCACCUCAAACACCACGAACUUCUCACCUACCAAGAAAUUGUGACUUACAAGCGUGUUGUAGCUGCAGUGAUCUUAAGCUGGAUUCUCAGUGGUUUCCUUGCUCUAACCGGUGUUCUGAGCGGUGGAUAUGUCUGCAGCCUUGCAGCGGUGACUGUGGGAUUGGUUUGUCUCCUUACCAUGGGUCUAAUCUAUUUCAAGAUUUACAUAGCCGCACGUCGCCACACCGUUCAAGUUCAUGCACAGCCAGCCCAAGCAGUGGCACCAAACGAAGAAAAUCGCUCAAAUUUCGAAAGACUGAGAAAAACAGCAGUUGGUACAUUUUACGUCUAUCUCUUGUUUCUGGCCUGCCAUUUACCAAUCGAUAUUGUGAUCCUGACCGGACGACAGAAGAAUAAGAUGGGAAGGCAUUUGAUGAUUUACACUCAUACGCUGUUAUAUUUGAGUUCACCCCUCGUUCCUCUGGUUUACUGCUGGAAGUUUAGACACCUCCGAUGCGCUGUCAAGAACAUUCUGCGCAAUAUAUUCGCAAGUCAGAAUCAGAUUCAGGAAGGCUAGACUUUAAGUCUAUCUGUUGUUUUUAGCCUGCCACUUGCCAAUCGCUACUGUGAUCCUGGUCGGACAGGUGAACAAAAUGAGAGAACAUUUCUUAAUUUACACUCGGACGCUGUUAUAUUUAAGUUCAUCCCUCGUCCCUCUGGGUAACUGCUGGAAGUUUAGACACAUCCGAUGCGCUAUCAAGAACAUUCUGCGUGACAUAUUCGCAAGUCAGAAUCAGAUUCAAGAAGGUUAA